AUGCUGAAAACGGUGCUGCAGAGGGGAUGGACCGAGCCUUUUAAGAAAAGUCUUAAAUCUUAUAUCGAUGAUCAUAAACAAUCUUUACAAGAUAAUUGUAAUAAGAACUAUAUUCAGUUCUGUAACAAUAUGGAUCAGAUUCUAGAUAUGAGACGCGAUGUUAAGGCAUUACGAGACAACGUUACAAGCUUCCAUGAUGACGUAUCUUUCAAGGGAACGCGAAUUCUUCGCGAAACCGAGCGUUACAUCUCCUACCAGAACACACUCGAGCAUGUUGGCAAGGCUAGCGACGAUCUCGUGAUUUUCGACAGUCUCCUCACCAUGGUGGAGCGUGUGAACAAACUCGUGGACGAGAAGAACUAUUACCUCGCUCUCAAAACCCUGGACACCCUCAAAGUCAGUCUGAAAACGGUCCCCGAGUGUCGCUUGACUCGCAAUCUCCAAGCUUUCAUUCAGCCGCAGACCGACAAGAUCAUCAGCCUCUGCCGCAGCGCCUUCCUCAAAUGGUGCGGCGAGAUUCGCUCGGUCUGUCGCACGAUCGGCGAAGCCAGCAUGAUCCGCGCGUUUAACCGCAAGCAUAAAGACGCCGACGCCAAACUGAAGAAGGAAGGCGUGGAGGACAUUCUGGAGAAGGUGGAUCUGAGCGUGGUGUUCGAGUACCAGCACGUGUUCGAGCACGCGAGUCGUCUGUCGGAGUUCAAGCGGCUGUACAUCGAGAAUCGCGAGACGCAGUGCGACUUCGAUCUGCUGGCCAGUCGGAACUUGAAGGCGCUGGAGACGAGCAAGUUCGUGUCGCUAUUGAACGGACUGCUGUACGCUUCGAUCGGGUUUUUCUUGGUGGAGGACAAUCUGCAGCGCGGCUCGCUGCUGUACAACGACUCCACGCAUAUGCAAGACCUCUUCAACGAGCAGCUGAAGACGCUGAAAGAAGCGCUGCUCUACCAUCUGCGCUCGAUUUCCGACGUCGACACGCUUCUCAGCAUCGAAGUUCGCUUCUUCUCAUCGCUUCUCAUCCUCUCUAGACUUCCGUGUGGACCUACGCCGACGUGAUGAGCGGCCAGCCGCUCCUCUUCAACGUGGAAUCAAUCUACGACAUGCGAAAUUCCCUCGUGGAGCAGUCGGUGGACAUCAUCAAAAGCAGCGUCAUGACGUUGGGUUCACCGCGGGGAUUCAUUGCAGAGACGUCGGCGACGCCGUCGAGAACGAGCGCUUCGAGCGGUACACGAUCCAUUCCGCCGAGGAUUUCUUCGGACCUAUCUCCAAAUACCAUCUGCUCGAUGAGACGCCCACGGUAGACGCGAGGGGAGCGCGUGACUCGCAGAGUUUCCCGUAUGUCUGCGAGUUUACCGGGACGGUUCCGACGGUUCUGCAGACGAUCAGCAACGCGAUGCUGCGCUUUGGGCGCAUUACGACGUCGCUGGGCGUUACGGACAGCUAUUCCCCGCUCUACCAGGUGCGCGUUCGAUCGAAUUCUGAGCGUAGUUGGUGACCGCGAUCCUGGAAAGUUUGGUCGGCGCGCUGCAGGGAGAAAAAGAGAGCAUCGAAGAGUCCGAAGUGCACAAAUUGGCGAUCCUGUCGCUGAAUUUCGGCGCGUUCGCGAAGGCCGUCGAAGCGCUGCAGCGCAUUUUGCUGUGCGGAGCUGAGAAGAAUUGCUGAGGAGUAGAGCGAAUGAUGAUAAUCACAUGGGAAAUGCCGGGUUGUCGCUUGACAAAUAUCGCCACGAUUUCAUCGAGCAGCAGAGUCAGAUUCAAGAUGCGAUGAUCGAAGGAAUUGGCAAUGAAUGCACGGCAAUUCUCAGCGAGCUGGACGAUUCCGAGCAUCUCUGCCCGUCCAAUCCGGCGCAGCAGCCGCACGACUGCGCCAAUCGCGUGAUGGACUAUUUGAAGUCGAUCUUCGAGCGACUGUCGUUCAUGCCGCGCUCUCUAAUCGAAGUCUGCCAGUUCACGUCAUGUCGCCACAUCGCUCAGUACAUGCAGUCGCUGCUGGCGGACGGAGAGGGAUCGAUAAACGUGCUGGGCGUGUUCAAUCUGAAUCUGGACUUGCUGACGCUGGAAAGCCGCGUUGAGGAGUUCGACACGCCGGAUUUGGGGUGAAGGAGGGGAGGUAGAAUGAGGGAUAGGCAGUGCUUUAACGACAUUCAUCAGCUGUUCGAGUUGCUGCUGUCGGGACAUAUCACGGACGUGCUGGACGACGAUGUGCGGAAUGAGAAGUAUCCGAUGGUGGCGAUGCCGGUGGGCGGCGCGAGAGAGGAAUGAGGGGUAGAUUUUGAUGCAUGUGCUGGAGCGAAUGAAGGAGGUGAAGAAGCUGCCGAUGCUGGGACGAAAGUGGGAGUGGAGUGGCGAGAUGAAGUGUAGAGUGAUGAUUCCGAUGCUGAAAAAGCGCGAUGUGGAACUGGUGUUGAAUACGUUGCGAGAACAAUACGAAGAAUGAGGAGAAUGAUUGGAUUGGAUUGGAUUGGU